CACUGUUUUACUUCAAGUGUUUUAUUACAAGCUUCCUGCAUGCCACCAGCUUGCUUUCAUAUAUGCUGACUCAAGAUCUCCAAGUUUAUUUUUCUAGCAUUGUUUCUACUACAGGUUUCCCUCAGGAGUCAUCAGACCUUCUACUUCUCCAUCUAGAGGGCUGACAAGAGAUCCCUUUACACUCCUCCGCCCUGCCACAGAAGGGGAGGGUACCUUCACUCUGAAGAUUUAAAAGGGAACUCCCAAACCUGUAGGAGAUCUUGUAGCACGUUAUCCCAAGAAAAGAAGGCUGAAGAUUUGCCACUGAACAAAGUAUGAAGGGACUACGUAAACUGACAGCAAUUGCAACGGCACUGUUCCUGGCAGCGUUCUUGGUAUCUUUCUCCUGGAGUGCACCUCAGGCUUAUUUCCAAAGGAGAAACUGGACUCCUCAGGCUAUGCUGUAUUUGAAGGGUGCACAGGGACGUCGAUUCAUCUCAGAUGAGAGCCAGCAAAACGAUCUGUAUGAGAGAAUGAAGCUUGAAACACGCAGCCAAAACACAAAUCCUUUAUCUCUUUCUGAAGCUGCUGCACUGUUCCUUAGUUCCUUACAGAAAGCGCAAGAAAAAGUUGAAGAAGAAAACAGUGAUCACCCUGCCUACUUGACAGACAAGCUAUCAAAUUGGUGAAAUAUUUCAAAUUUGACAUUUGGAUUGCACAGACCCUGAAAUCAUGUCUUGUGCAAACAGAGUGUUUCAUCCAUCCUCACUUCAGUUCCCAAAGAGUGACGUAUAUAUGUAUUGCAAAAUUUUGAAUGCAAACAGGUUACACGUUACUGAUAAAGAUCAGAUAAAGGAGGUAUUUGUUAGGUUCUGCUUUGUUUAGACCAUUUUGUAUGUCCCACCUAGAAUUUAAAAUACAUUGUACCGUCUUACCUGAAAAGAUGAUUAAAACUGUCUUUUUGGACAACGACUUCAUUUUCUUUCAAUAGUCAUUGAAUAGCCAUCUUUUACCACUUUUCAUCCAGCUGUGCAUUGAAGCCCUUUUAAAGGUAAUUACUUCACCACUUUGCUGCCAGCCCUGUAAACUGCUGAUCGUUAAUAAAGUCAGUGAGAUAUUAAAACAAUCCAGCUAUCUUUGACUGUGAAGACAGUGGUUUUUGGUUUUUUAUUUGCAGAUGUCUGUCGCCACAGAGAAUAGGCAACAGCACUUCCUUAGCCCUCAGCGCUGUCCCAGUUACAUGCAUGCAGAAAUGUAUAGUCUGAACAAUCCUACUGAGCAAGUCCCACCGCGUAAAGAUAGCGUGGGGAUAGGUCUUACAGGAUCUGGGCCUCAUUAAUGCCUGUGGCAUACAGUCACAGCUGUUUUUCAGGAUCUGCAGUACUGCUGGAGCUGGUGGUGGUGUACCAGGGACAAACCUAGUGUCACACAUGACAGCAGGCACACAGAAUAUUAAUUGCAUGGUUACUGUGCUUUUUGUUGGCCUGCUUUUUGAGUUGUGAAACUGGAGCAUAAAUUGGUUUAUUAUCAUUCCAUGCUGAUAAAGACAUAUUUAACAUCAUUUGUGUAGUUUUGUGGUCUAACUGGAAAGCCCUCUGCAGUUCUCAUGUAAUUAAAAAACAGCCACACGAUUCUUGUGUCCAAGCAGCUGUGUUGUUUUUUUUUAACCUUCAAGUAAUACUCUUCAUCUUUCAAUGCUACUUCCCUCUGAUCUUUCUCAUGACACUACUAAUUAACUGUUAACACACACUAAUCACAAUGUGGCUUCUCCUCAAACGAAACGCAGCUGAAGGAACGGAGGAAUUAAUUUCCAUCAUGGGGCUGUUGGCAUUUUCAGUAACUGUUUACAAUCUAUAUUAUUUCAUGGAGGAACAUAACUGGAGAAAUAAAAAUGUCCCUGUAUGUUAAUUUUUAAGCACCAAUGUAUCUUUGAAUAGCAGUAUAUGUUAUAUGGCAGAAUGCAUUCAUGAUGAGCUUCAUCUAAACACCAAUGAUAUCCAUCAGAAUAUUUUCAUUCAUUUAAUUGCUCUUUGUUUCUAUCAUACUCUGAAUAUCUAAGUUACUUUUCAGCAUAUUUUACUGUAUGAUCAGUCAAUGAUCAGACAAAAGUGGAAGGCUUAUAUUAUAGAUCCUUUGGUUUAUUACUAUAAUGAAAUUCAUAUGCCUCUAAAUGAAAUGAUAGAAAAACUGUACUAAUCAUAUUUCCAGCUUUUUGUAUGCAGUCCUGAUGUAAGCUCACUAGCUUAAACAAUUCAUUACAAAUACCAUGGAACAGAAUAAACAUUCUGCCAUGCUGGUGAGUGGUUUGUGAAACCCUAGCAUUUUCAAUCUGGCAGAUAAUCACUUAUGUAAGAGACAGCUGCUACCAAGCUUGUCAGAUAUCAGUAACUAUUAGAAAUGUGCAGCAUUUAAGUUAGGCAAUCUGUCUGAACAAAAAGCCAUUCCCUAUAAAACUGCAAAUCCAAAAGGCAGAAAUGCUUUGCUGUAGUUAAAUUGUCGUGCUACUGAUGGCUAGUCUUAGCGUUCAAGAGAGUACUAAAAUAAGCCUAGAGGCAUGAGGCAGAGGUCACUUUGGCCACUCAAGGACCAUUUCUGAGAAGAAUGGGCAUUAUCUUCACAUCAGUCACAUCUCAGAAGUUGUGCACUUUCUGUCACCAGGCAGGUGCUCAAAGCAUAUGAGCGUGCUGAAUCAAACACAGCUGGAUUUGUGUGAGAUGUCAUUACAGUUCUCUGCUCUUCCCAGAGAACUCAGACACCAUAAGCACAUUUAAGAGAACGCGUAACCCAGACCAUGCAUCUUGCUUAUUUUUCUCCUCUGGGACUUGUUCAGAAAGAACGAGCGUAGCUGUCUUAACACAACCCUAGCAAAACCUUUCCACUUUCCAUACUGCCUGUGCUGUGGCUCCAUCAUUUAAAAAUAUUUACAACACGUAUGUAGUGAUCACAUCUUUCAGCACCAAAAUGAAGCUGAUGGUAAACAGAUGUUCAUGAGCUUGUGGCAACUGAAACAUUUUUAGGCAACUGAGGAAGUGCUGGAUCACUCUCAGAUGAUGCUAAUGCAGUUUUGGUGGCAGGGAACUUGGGAUGAAGUGCUCUUCUUCCAUACAACAGUGCAUUGAAAUACAAGCAAUAAUUAUAGAUUUCUUGAUUUUUUUUUUUUUUUUUUUAAGAGAACAUUAACUUUCAGUCUAUAUAACUUUUAAAUGUUCUUUUGUUGAAACUCUCUGCCAGUCUUUGGUUCUGUGAGCUAACUCUGAUUAAAGCACUUUGGGGAAGAAUAUACAUUUCUGAAUUCGCAAAGUGCAGUCGUUCUCCAAGUAGUAAACUGUAUGAAGAAAAAUGUUUGUAGCAUCUUUACUUUCACCACUUUCAUACAAAAAAUAACUACUCAUUGCCUUAAUUACUUUUAACAUGGUUAAAAAAUAGUGACUCCUUUUAAAUCCAGUUAUGUUUUUGCCAUAAAAGCCUGAACCUGUCUUCUGAGAAUAGGCAUUCAUUCACCUAUCCAAAUCAGCUUAAGAAUGAAAGUCCAAUUUUAAAACUGAUUUUAGGUGGCCAAAAAUAGAAAUAGGCACCUAAUCACUUUUAUUCUAUAUGUUCUACAGUAAGACCGAUGUCAUCAAAUGUUAAGCAUUUGAAAGGUAUGUGUCUAAUCAAAGAGGACAUCUAGGCUCCCUCUUGGGAUUUGCAGUGAAGGCAAAUACCUCCAAAAUUUACAUCAUCCUACCUGCUGAAGAACAGGCUGAAUCAAUUCCUGCAAAUGUCUUUUCUUGAACAGCAUGAGAAAUUUUUGAUGCGCAAACUUCCAAAACAAAAGACAAAUCUCCUUCCUAACAUCUUAAAGUCAAGAUCUACUUCUGAAGAGCAUGUUCAGGCACUCUCUGCAUCUCUCAGAAUUAAAAUACUUUUGAAAGCUUUCUGAAGAUAAUGUCUAGUUCUUGUUGUGGGUUUCAAUUAUUCCCCAAGUACUUAGAAGUUUCGGGUGCUUUUCGAUACUAUGUCUGUGGAGCAAAUGUGUUCUUGGAAUUGUUUUAGCAUUGUUUGUUACAAUCACAUCUUUCCUCAAAGAAGUGAAAUAGACCAUGGAUUAAUUGGGCAAUUGGAAGAAUUAGAGUUACUCAUCUUUAAAUGCUGUCACACUGCUCUAUGGCAUGUAGGUUUGUCUGCAG